UGUUUUUUUCAUCUACACCUUCUUUUGUUACAUAAUCUUUGAAAAAAAUUUAAAAAUGUUUGUUUUAAAACAAAUUUUAUUUUAGUGUACUAUGCUUGCACUAUAUAAGAUUGUUUGCGCCAACAUGUUAAAAGUUAAUAAAAAGAUAGUGGGGGAAAAAGAAAACAUGUUAUGAACUGAACUGGCUGGUUUACUUUCUGCUGACCCCAUGCCUGAGGUCCCUCAAGUUUUAACUACAAACUCAGAUAAAAGUGAGGCCUACAGAAAUACAAAUAUAUGUCAAUGUUUUUAAUAAUUUUAGAUUUUUACAGACAGGUUGACAUUUGGUGAUCAGUUUUACUUUAGAUGUAGGCUACAGCACAUUUAGCUUUCAAUGGCAAUAAAGUGAAUCCUAAAAAUAAUACAUUUUUAUUUUACCACCAAUUCAGUUAAUUAAAAAAAGACAAAAAAAGAACUUUUUUUUUAGCAAACUCUGUUACGAAAUCAGAUAAUCUUACCUGCCAAAGAAAAAGUCUUUCUCAAUUCAUUAUUUCAUCAGUUAUUUCAUCACAAUUUCUCUGAAAAAAAUUGUUCAGUCCAUUUCACAAAUGUUGCUUUUUGUAAGUCCGGCUUUUGAAUUGCAGUGCUAUCAGACAAAGUGGUUUUUGCUCCUGGUCAAACCAUGAAUCAAAAUAAAAUAAUCAUUUUGAUGAUCGUCAUUCCUCAAUUUCUUUCGCAGGAAAUGAGAAGAAAGGACUGUGUGUGUGAUCUAAAAAACACAGAUCCCGCUUUCCCUGAGAACAAAUUAAGGAAAGUAGAGAAUGCUGUCUCACGAUGCACUGGGACCAUCACUUCAGAAAAGAUGUUAGAGAGUGACAGACUUGUGCUGGGUCUACGUCAACGUAUCAGUCAACUGGACGACAACGUGAAGACGUUGGAGAAAGAGGACGACAGAAACGUGUAUGGGGCCGUGUCGCUCCGCAUCAUUGAUUUGGAGUUAGCUGAGAUUCAGGACCUCCUGGACAAACUCAACAAAACCACAAGAAAUUUUCAACAGCUCAGCAUAGAGACUAAAACUCAGCUUAAGAACAUGAAGGACACAAUGGUGGAGCUGGAGAAGUUCGACAACAUGCAGGUGAUAAAGAAAGAACGUGAGAAUCAGCGUAUCAAGAGGGACCUUGAGCAGUGCCAAAACGACCUCAAGCCUACACCACCAACCCCAACAAUUUCUCCGGAAAAGGGUCACUGUGGUCUGGGGAAGAUAGUCAGUGUGUCUGGACCUAAAACCUAUUCCCUCACGGUAUACGGGACCUCUUACACUUUUGGCGCUUGGGGCAGGGAUGCAAAUCCAGCUCCAGGAGACGAGAACAAGUACUGGCUGGUGGUGCUGUCCAGCAGUAAUGUGUUUGGCCACUUUGUUCGCCAAUACAACAGUAUGAGUACGAUUUUAUUAGGCGUAGGACCUACAGAUACAUACAUAUCAAGAUCCAACCCCACAACUAACACAAUUCAGGGUCCAAACAUGGUCAUGUAUGGAAAUGCUCUUUACUAUAACUGUUACAACACACUCAAUGUCUGUAAGUUUAAUAUGACGACUCGCACUGUUAGUACCGUGGCACUACCUAAAGAUGCUGGUUACAACAGCGUGUAUCCAUUUGCACAUAUUGGCACAACAUAUAGCUAUACAGAUAUGGAUUUUUCCACUGAUGAAUUUGGUGUGUAUGCUAUAUAUGCUACAACAAGCAACUUUGGAAAUGUAGUUAUCAGUAAAGUUGAGACUAGCACUCCACCUCUGUUGGGGCAAACUUGGUCAACAACUCUGCACAAAAGAACCAUCACAAAUACCUUCAUGGUGUGCAGCGUGCUGUACGCCACCCGUUACUUGGACAAAGACACAGAGGAGAUCUUUUAUUCCUAUGAUACCAAAACUAACACAGAGCGCUACGAUUUGAGAAUUCACAUUAAGAAGAUGCAGACCAAUAUUCAGUUUCUGAAUUAUGACCCCAGAGAUCAUCUGCUGUAUGUGUACAGUGAUGCCUACAUUCUUACAUAUGAAAUCAUGUUUCAGUAAAUUUAAUCUCGCUCAUGAUACUAUUUUAAAAAUCUAUCUACACUGAGGAGGAAGUAGAUUGUCAUGUCCUCUUUACACUUUUUCAGUUAAAGAAUCUCUAUUCAGGGCAGAAGGUGUUUUUAAACCCAAGUAAAAAUGUUGAUGCUAUCGCUUGCAUGCAAAUGAAAACAGUUUGUUAUGGUUUCCUACUAUUCAUGGACAAAUCCAACAUUUCAGAAGUGAGGGGGCAGAAAUGUCAAGUGAACAAAGCUCCUAAAAAAAGUAUAUGGGACAUAUUCAUUUUAUUAAAAGUACCCCACGUACUCUGUGCCCAUGCCAUUAAUAGUAUGUCUUACUAAAUAUACAAAGACUAAAAUUCUAGUUUUAAAUGCUAAAGCAAAUUAUUGUGCAGUGCCUUCAACAUACUACCGGUCAAAAGUUAAGGAUCAUUCACUCAUUCUCUAUUUUUUUUUCACAUUUUAAAAUAAUAGUAAACCAUGGAAUAACAUAAUUUUAACUGUAUGGAAUUAGGCUGUUACUAAACCGUCCAAAAUAAAUGAACUCUGUUUUAUAUUUUAGCAUCUUUACAGUAUUUACCCUUUGCGAAAUUGUAAACAUUUUUUGAGAAGCUUUUUAAACAGUAUUUAAGGAAUUUCCAUCUAUGCUGGUGCUCUGAUUGGCUGUUUUUUAUUCAUUAUUUGGUCCAAGUAAUCCAUUUAAAAAAAUUGUAUUUAAAUAAAAAAAAUCUAAUUAAAUAAAUUAAUAUGUUGGCACAAUUAUAUUUUUGUCUGAAGUAAUUUCAAAUAUUGAACAUACCUCGGAUUAAAAGAUUUUUAAUAUCAUGAUAAACAUUUUUGUCAAGUGAUCCUACCUUAAUUUGAUUGGUGUACUUGUUGAAAUUCUGCCUGACAACCGCGCUGAUUGGCCGAUGGUCGUCGUGAAUUUCCUAACGCAGCAGGUAAUACAGGCACUGACAGGAAAAAAAACCGUCUAAAAUAAGUCUAGAAGUAAAACUGGUAAGUACAGAGUUUAAAACGGCACGCAUAUAUAGGCUACACUUUUCUUGAGUGCCAAAUAUUAUAUAGUAAAACAUUUACAGGAAGCAUAAAAACCGCACACUUCAUUCUUUUACACAUCCGCUUUAUUUGAUGCACGUUCAGCUUUUUUUAGUACACAGACAGUAACAGCUUGAAGGCUAUAUAGAUGUACAUGUUACACAGUUUUAACACAUUAGUUGUAUUUUCUUUAUUAUGGCAGAGCAGGUUAAGUGAAUCCUAUUUCUGUAUACGCA